AUGACAUCGGAGAAACUGAAAAAAAGCGACUACAUCUUCAACCGAAUCACGGAAAUGACGCAUCACUGCCACAUGAUUGACCUUAUGAGAGACGAGCAGUGCUUCAAAUGGGCCGUCAUUGCAGCACUGCACCACAACGAAAUCAAAAACGAUCCUCAACACAUCUCGAAGCUCGAACCGUUUGUUGAACAGUACAAUUGGAGUGGCAUGGCGUACCCAACUCCCAACACACACUUGAAAAAGUUUGAAAGGCAAAACCCCAACGUGGCGUUGAAUGUCUACUUUUCUGAAGAAGAUUUUCAGGUCAGGCAGGCAUAUGUUUCAAAACACAAAACGACACGUAAAAAGGUGGCAGAUGUGCUAAUCAUUCAAGAAGAAGGGAAAAAGCACUACGUUGCUAUUAAAAGAUACUCUGCGCUCAUGCGCGGUUUAUCAUCUAGACAUCGAGGUGAUCAUUACUGUCGAAACUGCAUGCACGGAUUCCGCAGUCAAGAGACACGAGACAAUCACAUGAAAGUGUGCAUGGACCAUGAUUUUUGCGAGAUUGUCAUUCCCAAAGAAGGAACAGUCCUCAAACACGAAGACGGGCAAAAGUCGCUCAGAAUGCCAUUCAUCAUCUAUGCAGACACAGAAUGUAUCUUGGAACCUGUUCAAGGUUGUGAUGGAGACCCUGAAAAAUCACACACCAGAGACGUCAGCAAGCAUGUGGCUUCAGGAUAUGCCUUCAUAACCAAUUUUGCACAUGGAGAAGUUGAAGAAUCAUCCGACUGCUAUCGUGGAAAAGACUGCACGGAAAGGUUUUGCAAGGGACUGAGAGAUCAAGUCAAUAGAGCUAUCAGACAUCAACAGAAGAAGAUGAUCCCGUUGACACACGAAGAGAAAGAAGCCCACAAGUCUGCAAAAGGAUGCUUCAUUUGCAAUGGGCUUUUCAAGAAGAACAACAAAGACAUCACAAUGCGCAAAGUUCGAGAUUACUGUUACUACACUGGUCAGUAUCGAGGAGCUGCACACAGUUCGUGCAACCUAAAAUAUCGCAUCCCCAACGAGAUUCCGGUGGUCAUGCACAAUUGCUCACGGUAUGACGAUCACAUCAUCAUCAAGCAACUGGCCAGGGAAUUCAAAAGCCACGAUUUUAAAUGUCUGGGUGAAAACAGCGAAAAAUACAUCAGCUUCUUCAUCAAGCAAUCCGUCACAUUUCAAGGAAAACACGGCAAAUCGCUGAAGCAGAUGAAGAAGAAAACCAACCAAAUGAAAGAAGUGGAAAUCAACACGACCUGCAAAAUCAAGUUCAUCGACAGCUGCAGGUUCAUGCAAAGCUCACUGUCAAGCCUUGUAGAUAAUUUAGCUGGAACCAACAGUGUCAGCUGCAACGACUGCAGAUCAAGCAUGGAACUCAUCGAGAUUGACUCAGAGUACAAGGCGCAAUUCAAGUGCCAAACCUGUUACUGCUCCUACAAGACGGUGGAACUGAAUGAGCAUUCCAUAAAGAAAAAAUUUUCCAACACAUUCAAGCAUGCAAAGGGCAAUGACGAGCAAUUUAGACUUUUGCUGCGUAAGGGUGUUUACCCCUACGAAUACAUGGAUGCGUGGGAGGGUUUUGAAGAGACAGGACUUAAUCCAAAAGCACAAUUUUACAGCAGUUUGAACCUUGAAAACAUCACCGAAAACGACUAUAAGCAUGCUCAAAAGGUGUGGAAGGCUUUCAACAUUAAAAACCUUGGAGAGUACCACGAUCUCUACGUGAUGAGCGACACGCUUCUUUUAGGAGACGUUUUUGAAAAUUUUCGAGACACUUGUCAAAACAUCUACGAGCUUGAUCCAGCGUAUUUUUACACUGCUCCAGGCCUCGCAUGGCAAGCAACUCUAAAAGUGACUGGUCAAGUGCUCGAGCUUCUCACAGACAUAGACAUGUUACUGAUGGUUGAAAAGGGGCUCAGAGGUGGUAUUUGCCAAGCAAUCAAGCGCCAUACUAAGGCGAACAAUCCGUACAUGGGGGAAUUGUUUGAUGUCAACCUGUUGAUCUCGUAUCUGCUGUACAUCGAUGCCAACAAUCUGUACGGAGGUGCCAUGUCACAAAAGCUGCCAACACACGGCUUUAAGUGGCGUGAAGACCUCGAAAAUUUUACUCAAGUUUCUAUAGAAAAUUAUAAAAAUGGAGAUGAUGGCUAUUUUCUUGAAGUUGAUGUCAACUACCCGAAAAAGCUGCACAAACUCCACAACGACCUUCCAUUCUUACCUGAAAAGAUGCGUCUGAACAACGACUGUGAAAUGUUGACGUGCAAUGUGUUUGACAAGGAAAAAAUACGUGCUGCACAUUCGCAAAUUGCAGCAGGCACUGCAGCAUGGAUUGGUUCACACCAAGGUGCACCAAGUCAUUGA